AGCGGUCCGGGGCACCGGUUUCAAAGUCGCAGAGCGGGUCGAGUGGACUUCCGCGGCUGGAUCCGGGCUGCCUGGCCAUUCUGGCGGCGCCGCGCCCUCCACGGAGGACGCCGCCAGCAGGCUUCCCGUCGGUUUCUACGACGCUCGCCUAGGUGGCCUGACACAACCUCCAGUGAGCCGUGGGACGCCUGUAUCGGUCCGCGCCCCCUUCCCAACCUGACGGGAUUCGGAUGAACGUGGAAGAGAGUUAACUUGGCGCGUCCUCUGCAAACCUGAACGCUGAAGUCUAGCGCCUGGGCCAAAGAGUCGGCUCGGAGUCGGACGAAGGAGGCACGGCUGGACUGUUGACGCCGCGUGGGGAGGAUACUGAUUACACCGCUCAAGUGCUUGACAACCUCUGGAGCGUUGUCUUAGUUUUGUUUUCUCGCAUGGCGAACUCGGUGUCAUUCUGAGGGAGGCAAAGGUGGUGAAAACUCCUAACUAAAAUUAGAUCGAAAUGGCCACAGAAAUCGACUUUCUGAGAGAUCAAAAUCAGAGACUAAAUGAAGUUCUUAGGCGGUAUCAAAUGGAAAAUUUUUCCAAAUAUUCAUCUGAACAGAAAGUUGUCUUCAAAGGAGAUGGAGAUGACACAUUAGGAAACUCAGUAGUUGACCAAAGCUUUUUAGCUCCUCUUAUUACUGAGUAUGAUAAACAUCUGGAAGAGCUAAAUGGGCAGCUGAAAUAUUAUCAGAAACAGGUGGGUGAGAUGAAACUACAACUUGAAAAUGUCAUCAAGGAAAAUGAAAGGUUACACAGUCAAUUAAAAGAUGCCAUUGAAAAGCAAUUGGAGGCCCUUCCCUUUGGCACAGAGAUGGGAAACGAUAUAUAUAUAGAUGACGAAACCAUCAAGAACCUUCAAGAACAAUUGCAACUAGCCAAUCAAGAAAAAACUCAGGCUGUGGAACUCUGGCAAACUGUUUCUCAGGAGUUAGACAGACUACAGAAACUUUACCAGGAGCAUAUGACUGAGGCUCAGAUUCAUGUAGUUGAAAGUCUGAAGCAAAAGGAUCAGCUGACCAAUUUUCGACAGUUGACCAAACAACUUCAUGUUACUAAUGAGAACAUAGAAAUGACCAAUCAACAUUUUCUGAAAACAGUAACUGAGCAAAAUGUGGAAAUUGAGCAACUACGAAAACAACUUAGGCAAUCCAAGUUAGAUCUGAGAGUUGCAGCAGCGAAAGUGGAAGAAUUAACAAAAGUGACUGAAGAUCUUCAAGAACAGAUGCAAAAGAAGGAGGAAGAUAUGGUUUCUGCCCAAGGAAGAGAAGAAGCAUCAGAUAGACGUUUACAGCAAUUACAAUCUAGUAUAAAACAAUUAGAAACAAGACUAUGUGUGGCAAUCCAAGAAGCAAACCAAUUAAGAACAGAAAAAACACAUCUGGAAAAACAGACAAGAGAGUUACAAGGAAAGUGUACCGAGUUAGAAAAUGAGAACUACGAGGCUAUUGUAAGAGCCAGAAAUAGCAUACAACUCUUAGAGGAAGCUAACCUUCAAAGAAAUCAGGCCCUGCUUGAAAAGAAGCAAAAAGAAGAAGAUAAAGAGAAAAUGAAAGAAACUACUUCUCGACUUGUACAAGAUGUUACCAUAAGAACCAGGAAAGAAGUUGAAAACAUAAGAAAACAAUGUAAUGUGCAGAUUUCUCGAUUAACAGAAGAACUAUCAGCCCUUCAGAUGGAGUGUGCAGAAAAACGAGGCCAGAUUGAACGAGCCAUUAGGGAGAAAAGAGCAGUGGAAGAAGAACUAGAAAAGAUUUACCGUGAAGGCCGAGGAAAUGAAAGUGACUACAGAAAACUAGAAGAAAUGCAUCAAAGAUGCUUGGUUGCAGAGGGUUCAAAAGAUGAUCUUCAGAUAAGACUUAAGACAGCAGAAACCAGAAUAAAACAACUUGAAAUUAAUUCCUCAGAAGAGAUAUCACGUUGCCAAGAAAUGAUUCAGAAACUUCAAAAUGUAUUGGAGUCUGAGAGAGAGAAUUGUGGACUUGUCAGUGAACAAAGGCUGAAACUUCAGCAAGAAAAUGAACAGUUACAGAAGGAGACUGAGGAUUUAAGAAAGAUUGCUCUGGAGGCCCAAAAAAAAGCUAAAUUAAAGAUCAGUACAAUGGAACAUGAACUUUCAAUAAAGGAACAUGGGUUUGAAGUUCGAUUGAGAGAAAUGGAAGACAGUAAUCGAAAUUCCACUGUUGAACUGAGGCAUCUCUUACUGACCCAACAGAAGGCAACCAAUAGAUGGAAAGAAGAAACAAAGAAACUUUCUGAAAGUGCAGAAAUUAGGAUCAGUAAUUUAAAGAGUGAGCUGAGCCGACAGAAACUUUAUACGCAAGAGCUGCUUUCUCAGCUGGAAAUGGCAAAUGAAAAGGUAGUUGAGAAUGAAAAAUUAAUUCUAGAACAUCAAGAAAAAGCCAACAGACUUCAAAGGCGUCUAAGUCAGGCAGAACAGAGAGCUGCUUCAGCAUCACACCAGCUCAAUGUGAUUUCAGUACAGAGAAGAAAAGCAGCCUCCAUGAUGAAUUUGGAAAAUAUUUAAAAAUAUACACAGUUCAUUCACAGAACUUUAGAGUUGGGAAAGCUGUUGGACUAGAAGUUUAUUGAAAUGGUAAAGCCUGCAGAGAAUGGUUAAGGCUUUGUCAUUUUGCAUAAGCAUUUUCCAUUCUGUUUUGAGGGUUAUUGGGAAACAGAACAGUGGCAGCUUCCUGUAAGUAAAUAAAAAAUAAUCCUAUAUUGAGCUUCAGUGGAGAAUAAAGCCAGCUGAGAAGAACUCAUUGCCUUCAUCAACGUGUCUAUUUUUUAAUUCUCCCUUUUUUUCCUUGGAAGAAUGUAAUAAUUUCCAAUCUAUGCUAAUUGUGAGAAAGAGGUUUUGAGAAAACUCUAGAAUUUUUUAAUUUCAGGUUCCAAGAUUUAAGAAUUUUAUGUCUGUUACUCCUAACUCAUUUUUGAAGUUCCUAAGUAUCCAUUUUCCAUUAUGAACUCAUAAAUGUAAUAAAUUAUGUGCU